AUGGAAGAAGAAGAUGAGAAAGAGCGGCUGUGCUUGAAAAGAGGUUUGCGUGUUAGAGCUGGAAAGGAUAUCUACUUCGUACAGGAAUUGCUAGGGGAAGGGACUUUUGGUGCAGUGUACAGGAUCCUGAGGCACACUAUCGUGGCAUUAUCAGUUAUGGAUGAAGAUGAGUCCGUGUUUGGUUGUAAUGCGAAAAAGAUUUCGUUUUAUGAUCCAUGCGGAAAAUUUUGA